UUUCGUCGGUUUACGUUUUCGCGUCGUUGUUCGCGCUCAUCCGCGCGUUAUCCGACGACAGCCGCCGCUGACGCUGCUGCCGCCGCCGCCGCCGAACACGACGACGACGACGACGACAAACAUCACCGCAACGACGACGGCGACGCCUCGCUUCAUAGUGUGCCGAUAGUUUCUGUGCUCCAACCGCUUCUUCGCGCCCAUUCGCCAUGUAAGGAACUUCCGGUUAAAAGCUCCUCGGUGUAACGGAUAGCGUUUCGUUCACUAAUACUCCCGCCCAAUUCCUUGAGGCAAAGCGGUUUGCUGAUUUACCGCCAAAUAGUAUGCGUUUUGGCCCGACUCAAGUCGCCGACGAUCAAACACAGAAAAAUGGAUAAUGACAAAUCAAAGAUGUCUAAGACAUCUUUAGAUAAAUCUGACGAAAUGGACAUAGAUGAUGAUCCAUGUUCUGAUGAAGAUGUUGACAAUGGUGCUCCUUUGUUAGACGAUGAUGAUGAUGAGGAUGAUGAAGAUGAUGACGACGAUGAUAAUGAAGAUAUGGAUGAUGAUCCAGAUUAUCAAGAAGAAGAUUGUUCACGUAUUUCUACAGAAGCAGCUUCUAUAUCAGUAGAUGAAACUUCUUCUAAUCAAACUCCUAUUGAUAUUGCUGUUAAGACAGAUGAAGGUAACUUUGAUGAAACAACAUCAUGUUCCCCUGGAAGAAAUGCUAUUACACCUAUAACAUCUUAUGAUAGUCCUUUACAAAUGAAAAAAUUGAAUUUAAAAAUUAAAAGAUGGAGAAGGGAAGAUGCUGAAGGUAAAUCUCCAAAUGUUUCCCGAACUGAUGAAAAUACUCCUCCUACUUCAUCAUCAGUUGAUCCUACUAUUGAUGAUAGAAGUGUAUUAUAUCAAGAGACUUGGCCAGGAAAAGUAUGUGCAUUUUGUAAUUUGGGAGAACGAAGUCAACUUGGACAAGGGUCUCUUCUAAGGUUAGAAUGGGAUAAAGAAUUUAAGUCAACAUUAGAUGAUUUUAUUAAGCAACUAGUUACUAAACAAUUAACUCCAAUGCCAUUACAAUCACCAACUGCUGAAAUGGCACCAAUUAUACAGUAUAGGAGGCAAAAAUCUGCUGCUAAAUUUAAACAACAACAAUUUUCAACUUGUAGUUUUGAACCCGUGGAUGAGCUUAGUGUUAUUGGUCAUUUGGAUGUUCCUGAUUUAAACACGUUGUAUGAACAAUUUGAAUCAAAUGGUUAUGUUUAUGCACAUCAGUUUUGUGCUACCUGGACUCAAGGUGUAAAAUGUGAUGCAUCUGAUACAUUAGAAAAUGUGCCUGAACUUAUCUUGGAGAGCUUAAUGCGACGGUGUUCUUACUGUGGUCAUUUAGGUGCCAGUGCUCCAUGUACAUACACUAAUUGUUUGAAAUAUUUUCAUUAUCCUUGUAUUUUUGCUUCUGCUUCAUUUCAAGAGAUGAGUGUACCAGCUUUAAUAUGCAAUUCUCAUCUUGACCAUGUUCCUUUAAUGGAACUUUCUGCCAAUGUUGCUUGUGGUAUUUGCUCAACUCUUGGAGACGUUUCUAAUUUAAUGAUGUGUACAGUAUGUGGGAACCAUUACCAUGGUGUUUGUAUUGGAUUAGCUCUACUACCAGGAGUGAGAGCUGGAUGGCAAUGUGGUAAUUGUCGAAUUUGCCAAGUUUGUCGGCAACCAGCUGAACAGACUAAGGUCAUGUUAUGUGAAGGUUGUGAUAAAGCCUAUCAUCCUGGAUGUUUAAGACCUCAAGUGACAACAAUACCUAAAAUUGGAUGGAAAUGCAAAUGCUGUCGUGUAUGCACGGACUGUGGUUCUCGUACCCCAGGUGCAGGGUUAUCAUCUCGGUGGCAUGCCCAUUAUACGGUUUGUGAUUCUUGUUAUCAGCAACGUAAUAAAGGUUCUUCAUGUCCACUUUGUCAUCGAGCUUAUCGAGCUGCUGCUCAUCGAGAAAUGGUUCAGUGCAUAUCAUGUCGAAAAUACAUACACGGUGCUUGUGAUCCAGAGGCUGAGUAUAUAACUAGCCACAGCAAAAGCUCAGCAUCUGAGUAUAUGUGUCCUUUAUGUAAAAAUGCUGUACAACAGCGUCGUGAUGGGUAUGAAGAAUUUGGAGACUCAAAUAGUUCAAUAGAUGUUUAUCAACCUGAACAUGACUUAGAGUUCAAGAGUAAUAAAGAUUUUGAUGAUGGUCGAAUGGGUGGCUAUGGUUUGGGUAAAGGAAAACCAUAUGCUGCAUGCAAAGUAACUAAGAAACGGUUAUUGCUAUCUGGAUAUGCUGGGCGUGCUAAAGGUUUAGGAAAACUUACUGCUGCAUUAAAACCUAUGUACCAGAAAAAAGGACAACGUCUUGUAGAAUUUCCUAGAAAGAGACCUCGAGGAAGAAUGCGGGGCAUUUUUGGUGUACCUGGUCUUGGAUUACAAAGGCCUUUGUCUGAUGUAAGCUCCAAAAAUUCUUCAAAUGACAUUGACCCAAACAAUGAAAAUCGAAUUGUUUUAUGCUCAGCUAAAGAUAAAUUUGUUCUUGGUCAAGAUAUAUGUGUUAUGUGUGGAUCCUUAGGUACAGACCAAGAAGCAUGUCUUAUUUCAUGUUCUCAGUGUGGACAGUGUUAUCAUCCCUUUUGCGUGAAUGUUAAAGUAACCAAAGUUAUCCUUCAAAAAGGAUGGAGAUGUUUAGAUUGUACAGUUUGUGAAGGGUGUGGGCAACGUAAUGACGAGUCUAGACUUAUUCUCUGUGAUGAAUGUGAUAUUUCUUAUCAUAUUUAUUGUACUGAUCCAAAACUCGAUUAUGUCCCUAGAGGAACUUGGAAAUGCAAGUGGUGUGCUCAAUGCUUGACAUGUGGUUCAAAUGAUCCAGGCUUCAAUUGUUCUUGGUUGAAUAAUUAUACUGAAUGUGGACCUUGUGCAUCUCGUAGUAUUUGUCCAUCAUGCCAAGAAUCUUAUACUGAUAGUCAAUUGAUUAUUAAAUGUUCCCAGUGUGAUCGAUGGCUUCAUGGAAAAUGUGAUAAAAUUGAAAAUGAAGAUGAUGCAGAAAAAUGUGCGGAAGAUGGGUAUAGUUGCUUACUAUGUCGUCCUCGUGGAACAGUUCCAGCACAUUUAGCACAUAUCUCAAGUCCCAAAACCAAACAAAAAAUUUCAUCACGUGAUAACAGCCCAGAUGCAGCUAAAGGGAUAAUUAAUGAAUACUGUAUGGAUGGAAUUUAUUUAUCUGAAUCAGGUGUUCAACAUAUGAAAGUUCUAACGAGUGGCAUAGAAAUAUCACAUCAACGUAAAAAGCGAAAAGAUUUGAAAAAAGCACAAUUGGAAAAAGAAGCUGCUAUUAUGGCAGCUAUUGAAUCUGUUGUGUGUAACAGUAGAGAUACUAUUAACGAUUCUUUAGAUAAUGAUGAUGCGUAUAAGAUGGAUUUUGAUGACAUUAAAGAAGAACCAAGCGAACCAGAACCUAUUUAUAAAGAAGGGAUGGCAGUACAGCCACGCGAUGAUGGUCGUCCUCCUGAACCACCUGAAGGUUUCAGUAUUUUAACAUUAGAAUCAGGUGUAAUGGUUCUGCGUCGAAAACGAGUUAGAAAUCUUCAAAAAUUAGGCAUUGGGGGAUUUGUUGUUAGAGGUCGUAUGCCUAGAGCUAAAGAUAAAGAUGAAGAUAAUACUCAAGACGUAGAUGGUGAAGACAAUAAACCGAGGCGAAAACAAAAUCGAUGGAAAAAACCCAAGAGUAAAAUUGCUGAAAAUUACCCAAACUAUAUACAAGAUGCGUUUUUUGGUCGUGAUUUGUUGGAUGCCUGUAAUGUUGCUUCACAGAUUUUGGACAGUAGUGAGUCUGAAGAAGUGGAAGAAAAAGAAGAAGUUAUUAAAACAAUUGAACUUUCCCAGGCUGAAUUAAAAAUUAUGGAAGAUAUUAAAUCUAAACAACAAACAAAAGAAGAAGUAGUUAAUAAAUGCAUGAAUAUUAAAAAAGAGAUAAUUGAAGUUAACGAACAACCAAAAGUUGUUGAAAAAAAAAAAGAAAUACCGCCAACAAAUGAGAAUGAUACACUUAAAGAUAUUUUGCUGUCUGAUAAUUUAUUAGAUUCUAUUAUGAAUGAACAAAGUAGAAGUAUUAAGACAGAGAUGGAAGAUACCGGUUUAGUAGUGGAAGAAUCUGUUAUUAGCGAAGCCAACACUUCAGCUCAAAAAGAUGAAUUUAGUGAAAUUCUAGGUUCCCACUUUAAUCUUGAUUCUAUGGUCAGAGAGACAGGCUUACCAAAUAUGGAUAGUAAGGAUGUAGAAGAAAUUUUCAAAGUUGUUUUAACUGAUGAUGCAUCACAAGAAUCUCAAGAUCCGAAUAGCUCUAAUAUGUUAUUAAUAAGUAAUAAUAAUAUGGCUGCCAUACCUCCAGCUCAAAAUGGAGUUGUAAUGGUUCAAAAUCAAAAUAAUGCUCCAAUAAUGUCUCCAUCUCGUACUGGUGUACCAACUAAUAUGUCUCGUGGAAAAGUACCAGCUCCGGCAUUACCACCUGUAGUAACCAAUAUGCCUUCUCCUAUCUAUCCAGCAAUGUCUCCAUAUCAUUCUGAGUAUAGCAAUAGUCCAUCUCAAUUUAGUCCAGCAUUUUCUGAACCUCAUAGUCCUUGGGUUCAAAAUAGUGGUGGUGAAGAUAGCUUAGAAGGUGUUGGAUCUCAGUCAUCGGCAAUAAAUACCAGUCAAAGAAAUUCUCAAAAAAUGGAAGCAGAUGAAGCACUAGGACCAAAAGCAUCAAUAUCAGCUGUACUUUAUGCUAAUGUUACCCAUCCUGAAUGGAAAACAGAAUUUCCUUCUUGGCCUGAAAGAUCAAGACAAAUAUUAAAGAAGUGGAGAACAUUGUCUCCUGAACAAAAAAGUCCAUUUUUGUUAAAAGCAAGAGAAAAUAGAACUAAUUUGAGACAGAAAAAAGCGCAACAGGCCGUGAAGGAAGACAGUACCAGUGGCGACAACAGGACCAGUUCAACAUCUAGUGCUACCCAGAGUCCGACGAUUAACAAUGGAGAGGAUCAAGAUAAAAUGAUAUCUCAACAGAGAUCACGUGAAGCUGAAAAUGAACGCCAAUGGAAACAGUUACAAGCAAUGCGACAACAACAGGCACAAGCUGCUCAACAGCAGCAAGUAAUGCAAGAACAACGUACUCAAGGAGUAUAUCAAAGAAGUAUAUCGGUUCAUCAAAGAAAUCUUUCUAUUGACACUAAUCAAUUUACUAAUUCUGAUCAACAAGUGUUGAUUCAUACGCCAAAUUUGGCUACUCAAUUACAAGUUGCUACCAAUCAGGAUGGUUCUUUAACUCCCUUACAAAGUCCCAGUAGUGUAAGUUCUCAACAACAAUCUAGAUCACCAUAUCCUUCACCUGUCUUGAAAGUGACCAGAGUUGUGAGUCCUGCUUCAGCAUCGCCAUCACCACAAUAUACACGUUCGCAAUCAACACCAGGACCAACAGACUUGUUUAGUCCUCCAAUAUCUUCAACGUCUACUGUUCAACAACCAAGAAACGUUCAUUUUAAUCCUACAUCUCCACGAGGCAGAGAAGAUGUAUUUUCAUCACCUCAAGCUAAUCAAGAAAUGACAAGACAUUUGAGAGAAUUACUUCAGAGACAGCAGUUUAAAAAAGAAACGCCAGCUGAUCAGCGUCUGUGGAAUACUGAAGAUACACCAAAUCAAGAAAUUAGCUCUCAAAAUGUACCAAAUCAAGAUUUUGAAACUCCAUCUUCUGGACCAACGUUUCGUCAGCCUUUACCUCCAAGUGCUGUUAAGACUCAACGUAUGCCUUUCCAACCAAUGGGUACUCCAAAUGCUCAAAUGAUUAUUCGACAACGAGUUCAAGAUCAAAAAUUCCAACUAUCAGAUCCUAGAAUUCGAUUGUUAAUACAACAACAAAGAUCAACUACUGCUGGUGCAGUUAUUAAUAAUAACAUGAAUGCUCAACAAUUUGUAUCUGGUAUUAAAAAUCCAAUUACACAACAAGCAUUGACACAGCAAACUUCUAGGCCUUAUGAGAUAUUGCAACAGCAACAACAGCAACAACAGCAGCAACAGCAACAACAGCAACAACAGCUUCAACAACAGCAGCAACAGCAACAACAGCUGCAGCAACAACAGCAACAUCAGCAGUUGCAACAACAACAACAACAACAACAACAACAACAACAACAACAACAACAACAACAACAACAACAGCAACAACCAUUUUCAGUUGAAAGAUCUGAAAGCCUAGAUCAGAAAUAUCAAGCUCCAAUUAAUGAAGUUUCAUCAAUAAUAAAUGAUCCUAGUUCAAUGUCCCAAUCUAUAGUUGGUCAAAAUGUAUCUGUUGGUAGACAUAAUGAUAUAUUACAGCACCAGUCUCAGCAAAAUUCUAUUAAUGGUGCUGAUAAUGCAGACAGUAGAAGUGAAGAAAUUACAGAUAGUGUUAGGGAUGAAUUGGAAAAAUUACAACAAGAAGGAGAUCCAAAUAAUAUUGGUGAAGUUGAUGGAGUUAAUGCUCUUUUGGGUGAUUUAGAUGAUGAUGAUGAACUGUUAGCUGAAAUGGGAGCUGACUUUAAUAUACUGGAAUAUGCUGAUCCAGAACUUGACAACUUAGAUUGUGGUAACAAAACUAAUAUAUUAUAUGAUCUUGUUGAUGACGAGGAAUCCAAUAAGAGUACUCACAACAAAACAGUACCAAACGAUAAGACUUCAGAAGAAAUUCAGACUAAACAAUCCAAGGAAGAAGUAGAUGAUUUACAGAGACUGAGUAGUCUGAAUCAUAGAAAAGAUCAAAAUAGUGUAGCAGUUUUAGGAAUUGAAAAGUUUGAACAAGAUAUUAUUCAUUCUCCAAAACUCGAAACUUCACAAAAUGUUGUUAACGCACAAAUUGUUCAAGAUAAUCAAAUAAGUAAUGUGAUGCAGAGCAGAGAAAAUAAUAUGAAUUUCAUGUCAAAUUUUUCUGGAGAAAAUCAAAUACCUAAAAUGUCACCGAUUGGACAAGUCUCUAUUCAGCAACAACAGCGACUAAUUCAAAUGCAGCGUACAGUUGUGCCUAAUCGCUUGAUAGGUUCUCAGCAGAUUAUACAGCAAGGGACAGUUCAACAAACCCGCCAGUUGGCUCCACCUCCACCUUAUCCUGGACCUCCUCCGCCAUACCCAGGACAACAUCAGGUCCGUAUGAGGGCUCCUUUACCACACAGUGACAUGGUACCACACAGUCUUAUGGGCGUUCAAAUGCAGAGAAGACCAUUGUUGCUUCAGGAACAGCCCUUAUUAUUAGAAGAUCUUUUAGAACAAGAAAAACGAGAACAAGAGAAACGACAAAAUGUUGAUUCAUCAGGUGUUAAUAGUAAUGUUUCAUCCACGGGUUCUUCUCUCCCUGCUUUAAUGAGUGAUGCUGAUUUUGAACUUUUGCGAGCUGAUGUUAUGAAUUCUUCUGCUAGUGGUUCUGCUAUAGCAUCACCACCUAUAAUUCAACAAAGUGGUACAGGAGUUGUUCAACAAGUUAGUGAUCAAAUACAUAUGCAAAGACCUACAUUUUUACAAAGAUCAACUUCUCAGCCUGUACAAAACUGGUCACAACCUCAGCAAUUACCCAGUCAAUCUCCAGCAAGACAGCAAUUUACUGAACAAUCUCUGAAAGUUCCACUUUUUAAUGCUCCAGUAUUAACACCACCAGCACAACCACCUGAAGUUAUAGCUACAGAACAAGAUCGCCAAACACAGCAUACAUACGAAGUAUGGCUUAAUGAACAAAGUAACAAUAUAACUAAGCAAUUGAAAUAUUAUGAAAGCGAAGUUCAGAAGUUAAGAAAAAUGAGAAAGAGCAUGAAUAGUAAACAACGUGUUGCUAGAAAACAAGGUAAUGAGCUGUCAGAACAGGACUCAAUAGAAUUCCAACGUGUUACUGCAGAACAGCAAGCUGUGCAAAAAUUAUUGGAUUCAAGUCGUAAACAAAAUAAACAGCAUAUGGCUAUUAUACAGGAGUAUAAAAAUAAACAUCGUUCAACAACUGCAGAAAGUCCACAGUCUCCAAGUGUAAUGAUGUCUCCAAAUUCAACUGUCGGGACUAUUCAACAUCAACAAAACUCAAUGUCUCCCCACAAUAGUAUUUCCACUCCUUUAUCUCAAACUGAAGAAAACCCAUUUAGUCCAAACCAACAAUCCCCAUUACCGUCACCUAGAUCUAAUUUGCCUUCACCUCAGUUACGUAAUCCUGGUCAAUCAAGUCCACGGCAAGUGAUUGUUAAUUCAAAUACACAAGACCAAUUAUUGACAAGGCAUGCAGGAAUGACUCCCAUAAGAUUUGUGCGUUCUCCAGAUGGCUUAACAUUAAGAGCACGCCCAACACUUGUGUCUCUUCAGAGUCAUAUGCCAUCUGUGAACACUUCGAAUACAUAUCAGGGUUCAAAGGUAACCAAUGUCACUAUAAGCCAAGGAUCUCAAAUUCAACAACCUCAGCAGAUCCAACGACUAACUUUCCAACAAUUAACUCCUCAACAACAGCAGUUACUCUUACAAAGGAAGCUCACCCAAAAAGCCAUACUCAUAUCUCAGCAACAACAAGAAUUAAACAAUUCUGCCAAUCAAGAUCCAUUAGCAGUUCAACAAAGACAAAUGCAAUUAGCUCAACAUAGACAAAUGUUGUUACAGCAAAUUGAUCAAAUUCAAAAACAAAUGAAUGAUGGACAGAAUCAGCAACAAAGACAAAUACUUGUCCAACAAACUGUUUCUGGAAAUCAAGAUGGUAAAGCAGAAUUGUCACCUCAACAAAGACAGCAGAUAGUUAUUCAGAGACAAAACAUAAUAUUACAACAGCAACAACAGUUUCAACAGUUACAGCAACAAAAUGUUCCUCAACAACAACAACAACAACAACAACAACAACAACAACAACAACAACAAAUUUUGCAACCACAGAAUAAUCAGAAUCAAUUGCAAUUACAAUCACAAAUAAUCAAAAUACUACAAGUGCAACAGCAGCAGCAGCAACAGCAGCAACAACAACAGCAGCAGCAACAGCAGCAACAACAACAGCAACAGCAGCAACAACAGCAGCAGCAGCAGCAGCAGCAGCAGCAGCAACACCAACACCAACAGCAACAGCAACAGCAACAACAACAACAACAACAACAGCAACAACAACAACAACAACAACAACAACAACAACAACAACAACAACAACAACAACAACAACAGCAGCAGCAGCAAAAUCCAGGACAGACCAAUAUGACUCAACAGCAAAAGUUAUUUCAACAUCAACAAUUGCAGUUACAGAUAGCCAAGCAGCAACAUAUCAUGGCUCAACAUAAUGCUCAAAUUCAGCAAAAAUUAGUUCAACGUUCGCCUCAGCAACAAAAUGUUAUUCAGUCUCAAUUAUCUCCUCAGCAGCAACAAACAGUGUUGUUACAGCAGACUAUUAAACAAGAACCAGGAGAAAUUGUUAAUCCAAAUAUUAUUCGCCAACAACAGCAACAACAACAGCAACAACAAAUUUUAUUACAGCGCCAGCAACAAACGAGAUUCCUACAACAACAACUUAUAUCUCAAGGCAAAGUUACUAGACAAAUGGUUCAGUCUCAACAACAGUCUCCGAUUCCUCCUCAAAGCCCAAAUCAACAACCACCUCUAUCUCCAAUGCCUCCACAAAGUCCCAUUUCCAACAAUCAGCAAUACUGUCAACCAAAUAGUCCAAUGAUAUCAACUCAGUCAACAAUGUUGUCGCAAAGUCCUCAGCAGUUUUCACAGCCAGUACAGUCGCCUAACCCUGUACAGUAUACUCCUAAUUCACCAAUGCCUUCUCAAAGCCCUAGGCAAACUCAGUUUGUACAACCUACGUCACCAUUAAUGCCUCAAAGCCCUAUGGUUCAGGGAUAUACUCAUCCUCCAGCAACUUCACCGUUUGGACAGCCCCCCAGUUCACCAAGUCCUAGACCUUCGCAGAGUCCAAGAAACAGCCUGGGCCCUCCUAGUUCGCCAAUGAGUCCUAUGCAACAAAACCCAUAUAUUAGACCAACAACAAGUCCUAUGCCUGCUAGGCGACCAAAUGUAGGUAGUAGUCCAUUGAUGCCAGAUCAACAAGAAAACAGGGAAGAAAAUAAUAUACCGCCAGAAGGAUAUCAGUAUGCAAAAUUAGGACUUCGUGGAGGUGGACAUUAUUGCUUACCUCCCAAGGGAUUUAAGUACACUAAAUUAGGUCUUAAAGGUGGGGCACCUAUGUGGAGUACUGGUAGACAGUUUGUUAGUAAAGAUGCUCAAGAUGAGGUAAAAAGAAGUGUAUUCAAAAGUAAUGAUAUGCCACUAAGUGCAAUACCAGUAUCUAAAGUUUCAUCAUUAGUAUCAUUGGAGUAUGGAGAUUCAGAUGAUGAGGGUUCAAGAACACCUCCAGUUCCUUCCCCACAACCACCUCCAACCCAAAUAUCCAAACAAAAAGAAGCUCCAGAAGGAAUUAAUACAGAUCCAAUGAUUAUUUCAACUUCUCCCAAAAAUGAAGGUAGUAGAAAUUUACCAGUUUACAAAGAUGUAAAUUUAUCAGAAAAUUGUAAAAAAGAUAGCAUUGAAGAAUUAGAUGAUAUACAAAUGAUAUCAACUAUACACAUGAACAUGGAUCCUGGUCAAAUAUCAUUAAACUCUAGUAGAGUUGGUGAAGAAUUAUUGGACAUGGAUAGAGAAAUUAAUUCACCAGGUUUGAUGUUGAAUGAAAAUGAUGAUAGCAUUCUUGGUGGUCUACCGAAAGAUGAAGCUUCUGAAAUGGAUAGAUUGAUGUUUUUUGAUGAACUUGGCGAUAGCAUAAAAUGUGACCAGGAGGAAAAGAGUGGAUCACCAGAGAAAUCUGUUUUCAAUCUGGAUAAAUUACUUAAUGAUCCAGAACCACAUGUAGAACAAAAAGAAGAGUUUAAGGCUGAGGUUAUUCAACAAGAAAACAAUUUAGCAGAAUUAAGUCAAGAAAACGAAGAAGAAAAUAUUGAUAAUGUUAUUCAAAGCUAUUCUUUUCAUUCUUAUGCAAAAGUUCCAAAACCAGCACCAUCACCCAAAAAAGAAAACCGUUUAGUAUCUAUUUUAAAAACUGAUCAAUCAGAUGAUCUAAAAAAAGUGACUAGUCUACUUCGAUCUCACCCGUCAACCCAAAGUAAAAAUAUUAUUAUUUUAAACCCUUCAUCAGAUACAUUAAAAGAUCAAAAUUUACUAUUAGCAAAGCAAGAUAAUCUUAUACAUUCAGAUUUAGCUCAAAUCUUAAGUACGAUUAUGUCUCCCAAACAGAAAGACGGUUUCAUUAAAAUUGAAACAUCAAAUUCAGACGAGCAGACAAAACACUCAACUAUAGUUUUACCAGCCCGUACAACAUCAGUAGUGCAAAGUUCUCAAAAAUAUCCUUGGGAAUCAAUAACAGCAUUUACUACUGCGUCUUCAACUUCAUAUGCUAAAUCAAUUCAAAUAAUAUCAAAACCUGAAGAUAAAGAACUAAAAAAUAGUUCUCAAUUAUCAUGUAUGAUAAAUGUACCCAAGCAGGAAUCACGUACACCUAAAGUUGUUGAAGAAUCUCAGAACGUAUUGCUUAAACAACUUCUUCAAAAUACUGCGUGUGCUAAUCAAACUCCAACUACUACAACUGCAAUAAGCUUGCCAAUUAUACCUUCUCUUGAAGCUCAACUUGCAAGGCCUGUUUCACCUACACCAUCUUUAUUGUUUCCUUCAUUACUUUCACCAAAAAAAGAUGAUAAAUUUGAAUCUCAACAUCAAUCACUAAAACCUUUAAAAUUAGAAAUUGAACCUAUUGCACAAAGACCAGAGUCUCAACCACAAGUGCUACAAAAGCCUGAACCCCAAAUUCAAGUACAAAAAUCUGAACCACAAGCUCAAGUUCUAAAACUUGAGCCACAGUCAUCUCCUAAACCUGUAGUUAUUCUACAGCAGUCUGAUACUCAAACUCCAGUUACGCAAACUUCACCUACUCCACAACCACCACAACCAUCUUUACUGCAAGUACAAUCAGAACCACAGCUUCAAUCACAACUUCAACCACAGCUACAAUCACAAUCGCAAACAACAGCGACUCGACCAAUCACUUCAUCUGAUUCAAUUAUGGAAUCUAUUAACUCAGCAAUUAAAUUAGAGCGUUUAGAUGAAGGAAGUAAAAGUGAAGUACAUAAUCCUGCAACUACUAUGAGCGGAUUUAGCCCUGAAAGAGAAGUAAAAAGAGAAGUCAUGUCAUCAGAUGAAUUGGUGUCACCCCAAAAUUCUACAAGGAUAGUAGAUCCAGCCGAUAUGAAUAAUUCAAUGAAUAUGUCAAUAGACAUGAAUGCAGAUAAUCAAGAUCAAAAAAAGUAUAAACGCAGGCAAUAUUAUGCUAAACGUAGGCAAAGUCAAGGGAAAGAUGUAAGUUCUACAAUUAUCCCAAAAAAACGACACCGAAAGGGUUCUAAACCAGAAGAAGAUUAUGAUUCUUUCAUUGAUGCACUAAUGUCACAAUUACGACAGCUUCAGCCAAUGAAUGUUAUUGAACCAUCUUUAAACCAAAACUUAACAGCUUGUCCAUUGUUUGGUAUUGGAGAUGUAUUAUCACAGCAAAACUUUAAAAGUGGUGAUUUAAAAGGUAAAGUGGGUUCAUGUAAUCUGCCAGGUGAGAGUGAUUACUACAAUACAAAACCUUUUGGUGAUUUAGAACCUGUCUCACCAUUACCUCAACCAUCUACUCAAAGAGGCUUUUACAAUGAAGAAUUUGACCCUCUGAAGUUUGAAUCUGAUAACGAUGAGAAGAAGUUUGAAAUUGGUCGUGAUCGUGAUGAUACUCCAGACACUAUAAUGAGCUCUUCUUCACCAGAGUUGGCAGCAUGUCAAACUCCAAUCCAUUUCCCAGGGCUUAAAAAUUAUGAUGACGAUAGUGAUUCAACAGAUACAUUGUUAAAUUUCACUCGAUACAUGUCUCCGGUUCAUCAACUCGUUGCACCAUUAGCUCUGAAACCUCGUCCCAAUUAUAAAAUCAACAUUGAAGAUGAUAAAGAAAAUCAGGGUGUAAGACAAGGAAUGUUAUCUCAAGUUGGUAAAACGCCUCCACGAAAUUCACCUGCAUUACCAUUGCGGGAUUCCAAUACCAUGACAGUUACAUUAACUAUAACUUCAGAUGCAGCUGAAGAUAUUAUGGGAGUUCUUCAAGGCUUAGCUAAUUUACUCGAUUUAACUGAUAUUCCCAACUAUAAAGUUACUGAAAGAACUGUUACACCAAUGUCACAUAAAUUAGGACUGUACAGAUCUAAAACCAAAGAUGGAAAAGAAGGAGCUCCAAUAGAUAUUCAAACUAUAUUAAAUGGCUUUGCCAAAUUUUGCCGUCAUUGUGAUUUAGUUAUAUUAAAUAAUUUAAUAAAAAAGAAAGCAAGCGAAAUUCCCUUCUUAUCUGUCGAAGAGUGUGCAGAUGAAAUAUUUUUCUGUAGUACAAUGUGCUUUCAAACUUUUGCUUCGCUAUUGCGCCCACCAACUGAAUCUAAAGAUAAAGCAACAACCAAUGUUAAUCAUUUAUCUGAAGGUUCACCGCCAAAGCGUUCGAAAGUAGAUCCUGAAAUAACUAGUCCAAUAUCUAGUAAGACUGAUGUUCCUGAAAAAAUGGAUGUUGAUGAUACUUCACAAAACAUAGAGGAAAUAAAAUGUGAACCUACUGUUGAAGAAACAAAAACUAUACAUAAGAGUAAUAUUUAUAGACUUUGGAAUUCAAAUAGUGUUCCAGCUCCUCUCACAAAGCAUAAAAAAUCUACUGACAAAGAUCUAAUGGAGAUGCUGUUUCGUAUGGGAAUCACUGUGACAUCACCAAAAUUACCAGAAGACAAACGUUUGUGUUUGUUUUGUCAUCAAUUUGGAGAUGGUGUUUCAGAUGGACCCUCUAGGUUAUUAAACUUCGAUGUUGAUAAAUGGGUUCACUUAAAUUGUGCAUUAUGGUCAGAAGAUGUUUAUGAAACUGUUAAUGGAGCUUUGAUGAAAGUUGAUAUUGCUUUACGACAAUCUCUCAGUGUAGAAUGUAUAGUAUGUCAGAGGCCCGGUGCAACACUUAAAUGUUACAAGCUUAGGUGUUCCACAAAUUAUCAUUUACCAUGUGCUGUCAAAGAUGAUGCUGUAUUCUAUAAAAAUAAGACUUUGUACUGCAGUGGCCAUGCUCCAAAGAGCGAUAAAGAAAAUGAGCUAACUACAUUGUCUGUUCAUCGACGUGUUUAUAUUAAUAGAGAUGAGAAUCGGCAAGUUGCUGCUGUAAUGCAUCAUUCAAGUUCUCAUCAAUUUCUGUUGCGUGUUGGCAGCCUUACUCUUCUUAAUAUAGGUCAAUUAUUACCUCAUCAAUUAGCUGCAUUUCAUACACCAACUUCUAUUUAUCCAAUUGGUUUCAAAGUAGUUCGUUUGUUUUGGAGUAUGCGAGUACCUAACAAGCGUUGUAAAUAUAUUUGUUCUAUUCAUGAAGUAAAUGCUCGACCAGAAUUUAGAAUAAUUGUACAAGAAGUAGAUAAUGAAGAUCUAGAGCUUAAAGAUUCUAGUCCAAGAGCAGUGUGGUCGAAAGUUUUGUCAGCUAUCGCUAGUAUGAGAACUGCAAACAAUUUGUUAAAGCUACAUCCUCAACAUGUGAGUGGUGAUAGUUUAUUUGGACUUACCGAACCAGCAAUUGUUCGUGUUUUGGAAAGUUUGCCUGGUAUUGAGACACAAUCUGAUUACCGUUUCCGUUAUGGUCGUAAUCCUCUUCUAGAACUUCCUUUAGCUAUCAACCCAAGUGGAUGUGCUCGUUGUGAAGGCCGUAGACGAUUAGUUCUUCCUGGGAAGUUACGAUCACAUAUACCAAGAUCGUUUACAUCAUCUCAUGGUUCAUCAUUAUUGAGUCAGCUAGACUUAUCAGCGCCUCCUACUUGUCCUUAUUCUAAGCAUUUUGUUCAUUCUAAAUCCUCGCAAUAUAAAAAAAUGAAACAAGAAUGGAGGAAUAACGUGUAUUUAGCCAGGUCUAAAAUCCAAGGUUUGGGACUGUACGCUGCUAGAGAUUUAGAAAAACAUACUAUGGUUAUUGAAUACAUUGGUGAAAUUAUCCGAUCACAAUUAUGUGAUUAUAGAGAGAAACUUUAUGAGGCCAAGAACCGUGGUAUAUACAUGUUCCGUCUGGAUGAUGAUCGGGUGGUUGAUGCUACUAUAAGUGGAGGUCUAGCUCGUUAUAUUAAUCACUCAUGUAAUCCUAACUGUGUUACCGAAAAAGUGGAAGUAGACAGGGAGCUUCGAAUUAUAAUUUUUGCCAAGCGACGGAUUGCCAGAGGCGAAGAGCUUGCUUAUGACUACCAGUUUGAUAUUGAAGAUGAUCAACACAAGAUUCCGUGCAACUGCGGUGCUCCCAACUGUCGCAAAUGGAUGAACUGAUACAGUUGUAGCCAUAUAAGUAUUUUUACCAUUUUUUUUUUUAAUUUUAAUUUUACUUUUAACAAUUGUCGCAUUAGACACAUUCAUUUAUAAUAAUAAUAGUAAUAAUUGUUAUGUUGCCCAUAUUAAACUGUACACAAUUUCUGUGAUAGGAUCAAAUUUUACACAUAAUAUAUAUUAUUCAUAUAUUAAAUAGAUUUAUAAAUAUAUAAUAGCGCGUAUAAACUAAAAAAAAAAAACUAAUGUAAAUAAUUGUGCCGUAGAUUGCAGCACGCUAUUUUU